UAAGAUAUGUCAGCGUUUGACCGCACCAAAUCAAGAUGGCGGCCUCCAGGGUCGUACAGCGAAUAUGCCGACCUGGGAUUCAGGCUUUUCGCGUGUCACGAUUAGCAUGUAUUACGGUUUAUAGACGUAAAUCGACGCACGAAAACCCCUUGGGAAUUAAGGGUCAGGAAGGAAAUAAAGAUGGGCGAUUAUCCCGUGGUCUGCCCAGGAAAUGGCCGAUAGCUGGGGUCAAGCAGGUCAUCCUUGUAGCAUCGGGGAAGGGCGGAGUUGGCAAAUCCACCACUGCAGUUAAUCUUGCCUUGGCUUUGAUGGCAAUUAAAAAGCAGGAGCUUAGAGUCGGCCUAUUGGACGCUGAUGUUUAUGGCCCUUCAAUCCCUAUGCUGAUGAACCUACAAGGACAACAGCCUGAGCUUACACCAAAAAAUCAGAUGAAACCCUUGGUGAAUUUUGGAAUGCCAUGCAUGUCAAUGGGAUUCUUGGUGGAUGAUAAAGCUCCUAUUGUCUGGCGUGGUCUUAUGGUCAUGUCUGCAAUAGAGAAGCUGUUGCGACAAGUUGCCUGGGGCGGGCUUGACAUCUUAUUGAUUGACAUGCCUCCAGGAACUGGUGACACUCAGCUGUCGAUCUCACAGCUCAUACCAGUGGCAGGGGCUAUCAUCGUGACCACACCUCAAGACAUUGCUUUACUGGAUGCAAGAAGAGGAGCAGAGAUGUUUAAAAAAGUCGAUAUACCAGUCCUAGGACUUGUGCAAAACAUGAGUCAUUAUGUGUGUCCAAACUGUAGCCACAAGGCUUACAUCUUUGGACAGGACGGUGCAAAGGGCGUAGCACUUGACAUGGGCACAGAGGUGUUAGGAGAUGUUCCUCUAGACUUAGAUAUCAGGCAGACAUCAGAUGAGGGGAAUCCUAUUGUUGUGCUCCAUCCAGAAAGCUUACAGGCUAAAGCGUAUCAAGACAUUGCUGCCAAAGUUCUGGAUAAACUGCCUCCGUACAUUGAGCCAUUCCCAAGCAGAGAUCAAGCUGGGUAAAAUGCAAGCAAUGGCUAUAUGCUAGGAAAACGUACAGGUCACAUGAUCAAUUAUAAGCCAGGAAACCAGUCACAUGAUCAAUCACUUGCCAUGAAACUGGUGUCACAUGACCAUGCAUAAGCCAGGAAAAAGGACACAUGAUCAAUCAAACAAGAAAAAGGUCACAUGAUCAAAGCCAGGAAAAGGUCACAUGAUCAUGCAUAAGCCAGGAAACGGAAGGUGUCACAUGAUCAUGCAUAAGCCAGGAAACGGAAGGUGUCACAUGAUCAUGCAUGAGGUCACAUAGUCAAUCAUAAUUAAAAUCUACAAGCUUUUGUUAUUUUAUGUAUUUAUUGUCAAAACAACACUACAGUUUUUAUGAAUAGCUUUUAAAUGCUUUGUUUGUAUACUAUUUGUACAAUUAUACAUAGGAGAGAAUUAUAAAUAAAUGAGGGCAGAGUUGUACAAA